AGUCAUGAGCAUGAACCUUGUAGACUGACUCAUAUGUCUAUUUAAUAAUAGGAGUAGACUAGCGUGAGUCUUCUGUAGACUUUAGUACAUACAGAACGUACAUACGGUAGCUAUACACAUAGAAAUAGAAUGACUUUAUAUUACUUCCUGGCAUGGGUACAUUCAUUUUGGCCACCGGGCCACCCAUCACAGAACUGACUUGGAUGGGAAUGUCUGUUCUAAUAAUUAUAUUUCUAUGCAUAUACCCCUCCACCACCCACAGACAGACAGACAGGCCAGAGUUGGCCAAAUACAACAACAUGGUAACCAGAUUCAGUGUUGGCCAAAUACAACAACAUGGUCACCAGAUUCAGUGUUGGCCAAACACAACAACAUGGAUACCAGAUUCAGUGUUGGCCAAACAACAACAUGGUCACCAGAUUCAGUGUUGGCCAAAUACAACAACAUGGUAACCAGAUUCAGUGUUGGCCAAAUACAACAACAUGGAUACCAGAUUCAGUGUUGGCCAAACAACAACAUGGUCACCAGAUUCAGUGUUGGCCAAACAACAACAUGGACACCAGAUUCAGAGUUGGCCAAAUACAACAACAUGGUCACCAGAUUCAGAGUUGGCCAAAUACAACAACAUGGUCACCAGAUUCAGAGUUGGCCAGAUACAACAACAUGGUCACCAGAUUCAGAGUUGGCCAGAUACAACAACAUGGUCACCAGAUUCAGAGUUGGCCAAACAACAACAUGGACACCAGAUUCAGUGUUGGAAAAAUACAACAACAUGGUCACCAGAUCCAGAGUUGGCCAAACACAACAACAUGGACAUCAGAUUCAGAGUUGGCCAAACACAACAACAUGGACAUCAGAUUCAGAGUUGGCCAGAUACAACAACAUGGACACCAGAUUCAGAGUUGGCCAGAUACAACAACAUGGACACCAGAUUCAGAGUUGGCCAAACAACAACAACAUGGACACCAGAUUCAGAGUUGGCCAAACACAACAACAUGGACACCAGAUUCAGUGUUGGCCAAACAACAACAUGGACACCAGAUUCAGAGUUGGCCAAACACAACAACAUGGACACCAGAUUCAGAGUUGGCCAAACACAACAACAUGGACACCAGAUUCAGAGUUGGCCAGAUACAACAACAUGGACACCAGAUUCAGAGUUGGCCAGAUACAACAACAUGGACACCAGAUUCAGAGUUGGCCAAACACAACAACAUGGACACCAGAUUCAGAGUUGGCCAGAUACAACAACAUGGACACCAGAUUCAGAGUUGGCCAAACACAACAACAUGGACACCAGAUUCAGAGUUGGCCAAACACAACAACAUGGACACCAGAUUCAGAGUUGGCCAAACAACAACAUGGACACCAGAUUCAGAGUUGGCCAGAUACAACAACAUGGACACCAGAUUCAGAGUUGGCCAAACACAACAACAUGGACACCAGAUUCAGAGUUGGCCAAACACAACAACAUGGACACCAGAUUCAGAGUUGGCCAAACAACAACAUGGACACCAGAUUCAGAGUUGGCCAGAUACAACAACAUGGACACCAGAUUCAGAGUUGGCCAAACACAACAACAUGGACACCAGAUUCAGAGUUGGCCAAACACAACAACAUGGACACCAGAUUCAGAGUUGGCCAAACACAACAACAUGGACACCAGAUUCAGAGUUGGCCAAACAACAACAUGGACACCAGAUUCAGAGUUGGCCAAACACAACAACAUGGACACCAGAUUCAGAGUUGGCCAAACAACAACAUGGACACCAGAUUCAGAGUUGGCCAAACACAACAACAUGGUCACCAGAUUCAGAGUUGGCCAGAUACAACAACAUGGACACCAGAUUCAGAGUUGGCCAAACAACAACAACAUGGACACCAGAUUCAGAGUUGGCCAAACAACAACAUGGACACCAGAUUCAGAGUUGGCCAAACACAACAACAUGGACACCAGAUUCAGAGUUGGCCAAACAACAACAUGGACACCAGAUUCAGAGUUGGCCAGAUACAACAACAUGGACACCAGAUUCAGAGUUGGCCAAACACAACAACAUGGACACCAGAUUCAGAGUUGGCCAAACAACAACAUGGACACCAGAUUCAGAGUUGGCCAAACACAACAACAUGGACACCAGAUUCAGUGUUGGCCAAACAACAACAUGGACACCAGAUUCAGUGUUGGAAAAAUACAACAACAUGGUCACCAGAUCCAGAGUUGGCCAAACACAACAACAUGGACACCAGAUUCAGAGUUGGCCAAACACAACAACAUGGACACCAGAUUCAGAGUUGGCCAAACAUAGUAACUGUAAAUUGUGCUACAACGGAUUGAAUCGAGCCUUUAGGUACCUCUCUGGUCAUGAAUAGUCAGAACCAGUGAUUCACACUGAAGAGGAACAGCCAUGUUAUAAACAAACAUCACACUACAGCCCAGAGACCAGACUGAGUGGGCCUGUGAGUGGGAACCAGGAAAUGUAGCUUAUAACAUGAGUGUGACUUAUUUUACACUCUCAAGUAGGCAGACUGCUAGGUCAGAUUAUUUAUUUAGUCAUAAUGAGAUAGCAAUAGAGCGGAAUAGCAUAAUAAAAGUUCAUUGUGGUUCACCUUUA